UGAUCUAACAAUCGCCAAUAGUCGUCGAACAAACGAUAAUUGAUUAAAAUUAAUUAAUCUGAGCGAUAAAAAUAAAGAUAUCUAGUAAAGGGGGCUAACUUAAGGGUGAUUAUUUGUUUAAUUAUUCACUACAUAGUAUACAACAAAGUAGCUUUCUCUGUCCCUAUAUCUGUCUAUCCCUAUGUAUGCUUAAAUCUUUAAAACUACGCAACGGAUUAGAUGCGGUUUUUUUUAAUAGAUAGUGGUUGAAGAGGAAGGUUUAUAUGUUUAAUAGCAUCCAUUAAAUUGUCGAGAAAUCAAUAAUAAAUUACAGUUUCCGAAGCGAAGCGAGGGCAGGUCGCUAGUUUUAAAUAAAUAAAAGACGAACAAACAAUUUUUACAUUCGAACAUUAACGAACAAACGACGAUCAAAUAAAUAAAAAUAAAAAUAAACCGAAAAUCCAAAAAAGGGAGGCCAAAUUCAGUAAGCCGAUAUUAGGUACGGUAUGUACCUAUCUCCAUUAUCUAUGCCAUAGAUUACACACUUAAUAUAUUCGAGAUAUAAUAUGAUCUAUGCAAUUAACCGUGUUGACUGAUAAAAUGAUUUUUUCAAAAAUAUCUGCUUUAAGUUCAAAUAACGCAAAAGUUAUAGUUAAUAUUUCAAUUAUUAUAUCACCAAUAGGGACGAUCAUAGCUGCAGCUGACAAUGAUUACCUGUAUAUCGUAUGUUUUGAAGAUACAAAACAAUUUGAAAAUAAAUUUAAAGUAUUGGCUAAAGAGUUAUCUUGCCGUUUUGUUCACGAAGAAAACAAAAUUUUAAACACAUUGAAAGAAGAACUGUUAUGUUAUUUCAAUGGAAAUCUAAAGAAAUUCUCUGUACCGCUGAAAACUCUUGGUUCUGACUUUCAAAAGUUUACUUCAAACACAGCCAAUGUCAACCCGUCUCACAAUACCGCAGUGUGUAUUCAAAAGUUGCAAAAAUAAGGCCCGAAAAGCAAUUUAACGGCCGGAGUAUCUUACUUUCGCUUUCCUAGCAAUCACGUGUGCAGAAUGGAUCUCGAUUGUCGCCAGAGAAACAAGAGAUGACUUUUAUAAGCCAGCUAAGAACUCCGCUUAUUGACACUGGACAUCUUUGCCUUCCGUGCUCACGGCUACUGAAAUGUGGCCGAAACAUUGUAAUAAAAAUACCACGCUUGAAACCGUUUAAACGUUGUUUUAUUAUGUGCACUGGUCGCGAAAACUUAAAAAUAUAUAUUACACAAAAACGUAACGCUAAUAAAAUAAUAAGUAAUGUAUAGAUACUAACAAACAUACAUUUCCAAAACAUAAAAAGUAAACAACUAAACUUUUACUUUAAUUCAUUAAUAAAUUAUUUUAGUGUUAAGCGCGACUCCCUUACCUCCUGUAGUAAAUAGAAAUCGGCAUUUCAAGAAGCAAAAAUAAAUAAAGCAAAACGAUGUUAGUUCUCAGAGCAAUUAAGGGAAAAGUUACUUUAUUUGUUGCACUUUAAGAUUGAUUUAACAUUAAAAGUUGUUUAAAAUAUG